AUGCGCCCGUUCCUUAUCUUCCGACCGUUAAAAAAGCUCGAUAACCCGACGAACGGACCGUUCGAAGUUACCGACAACGUUUAUAGCAGCUUCAAACUCAAGCUCUCCGAGUCAAUAAAAGUUCACCCGAUCUUCUACCUCAAACGACUACGAAAAGCCUUUAAUAACCUUACCUUCGAGCAAAUUAUUUUUAAACCUGACCCGAUUAAUAUCACUAGCGAACUUAAAUACGAAGUAAAGAACAUCUUAGCCGCUGCUACACGUAACCUACGUAAGGCUGCCACACUUAACGUACUUAAAGCUGCUACACGUAACCUACGUAAAGCUGCUAUACGUAACCUACGUAAGGCUGCUACACUUAACGUACUUAAAGCUGCUACACGUAAACUACGUAAAGCUAUUAUACGUAACUUAUAUAAGGCUGCCACACUUAACGUACUUAAGGCUGCUAUACUUAACGUACUUAAGGCUGCUACACGUAACCUACGUAAGGCUGCUAUACGUAACUUACGUAAAGCUGCUACACUUAACGUACUUAAGGCUGCUACACUUAACGUACUUAAGGCUGCUAUACGUAAUCUACGUAAGGCUGUUAUACGUAGCGUACGUAAAGCUACUACACGUAACUGA